ACCAGAGCGGCGCUACAGUGGUUGUGAGUGACUUUAUGAACUUUUCGAUGUUGUUUUGACACUCAGUUGUUUAGUAGAUAAAUGUUUAAUUCAAAAGACUCGAAUCUAAAGAAAUGUAAAGUCUUUUAACAUACAUAAACCCUCAUCAAGAAGUGCCCGUUGAGUUAGGCACAGAGGCUCUGAGCGGACACCUGGAAAACAUGUCGUCACUAAAUGGACCGGACGCUCCUGUGCGCUGGCUGGAUGAGGAAUUCUUGCCAGAAAUUACCCUCCUUGAUGUAACAUGUGAUACAGCUCUUCCUGGCAGCAUUCCUGCAACACCUGUAACAGCGGGGUCUAUAAAGAGCAGGUUUACCUUUCUCCAGCCAUCCCAGUUGAGUCCCUCCACCGAUUUAAACACCGCUGCUCAAAUACCCAGCCCUCAGAAAAAGACCCUGGAUCUUCCCAAAGCGGAGAGUGAGGCUUUCGAUACUGAACCCUCUAGACAGAAUGGUACCAAAACCUUUUCAGAAACAAGCUCAAGUGGUGAUGCUCAAGAAAACAAUUCUGAAGUUGACUCUUCUGAACUCUCUAAACAAAAUAGGACGGCAAGUACAUUCCCUGAUGAGAUGAUGAUUGAUCCCCCUGAGAGUAUGUAUGCUCCUGUGCGCUGGCUGGAUGUCCGAUUCUUCCCAGAAAUUACUCUCCUGGAGGUCACGCGUGAAUCAGAGCUGUCACACGUAGGAGAGUUAUCUUCAAUGGAGGACACACAUGAGAGUAUUUUGGAAAACAGUAGGCCUUCACUGGAGCCCACUGGAUCAAACAUGGAAAAGAUUCAAACGUCAGCCGAAGAAACAUUUGAUACUCAACCGACUAAUGUUACUCAGGACAUGACCUCCUCGAGUGUUGUGUCUGUUCAGAGUGCUGCAUCACAGUUCUCUACUUCUGAUACGCAGUGCAACACUAGUUCAAAGACUGUCACCUCGGAGCUUCAUGGUGAACCUCUGGUGACUGCGAAUACCGUGGAAGCUAACGAUGAAGAGCCGCCUACCAGCCAGGAUGCUGAGUUGACUAGCAAGGAGACACAACCAAGCCCCAAAACAUCUAUGAACAGCACGUUAAAUUCUCUCCAGCCCUCCCAGUUGAGUUCCUCCACCGAUUUAAACACCACCGCUCAAAUCCCCUGCCCUCAGAAUACGACACUGGAUAUUCCCACCUCUAUUGUAAACAGCCCCAAAGCAGAGAGUGAGGCUACAGAUCGGCCUACUUCAGUCUCUAAGAACACCACUGAAACGUCCCUCGUUAUUAAUGAAAAUCUCUCAGCUGUGAAGGCCGGUACAUCUUAUAUGCCGAAUAUAACUUUCGAUAGACAUUCUCUUCACAAAUCCAGUGCCAAUACUUUUUUAGGGGACGCUGGUGCUGGAACCUUUUGCCUCCAAAACAACACCUUUGAUACUAAAGCUGUUAAGCAGAAUGGCACAAUAACGCUGUCAGAAACAAGCUCAAGUGACGUUCGCCAGAAAACCUUCGACAAGUCCACUCCUCUUGAGGUUUGUGAUUCAACAAGUAGCCCUAAAGAAAAAAAUUCUGAAGCCCCACCUCCAGAAAAUAAUGGGACAUUAUCUAGUACAGAACCUAAUACCAAGAUGGUUGACACCCCUGAGAGCACGUUUGAGGUUAAUCCAGCUGUUGACGUGGCAUCUGGAGCUGUCCUACAUGAGACUAAGGAUCAAUCACAAUCAAGUCUUCCUUUGACAGAUGGUCUCUCUGACACUCAAAACAUGGAUACGGAGAACAACAAAGGAAACACAUUCAAUUUGGAUGACACCCUAGAUUUAAGGGCAGACAUUUUGAUCACUUCAACACCAAUGACAACCUGUAAAAUUGUAAACAUAAACACUCAAAGAGAGGAGGGCAAAACCCCAAUGGUGCAAAAAAAGCUGUAUGGGGAUGGUCCCAGUAAGCCAGAUGGUCAGUUGCCAUCAGAUGUUCCAUCAAACAUCGCCUGUGACCGAAAAACAUUCUUUACACAUCCAGCUGUUAAAUCCCUUCUGCCACACUCAAGAGCCGCAUCCCAGCUGUUGAGACACAAGCCGGCCUCCACCCUUCCAGGAGGGUUGGAUGUGUUGACAUCAGGCCUGCCCAUGACGAGACAAAGAACCCAAGCUGAAGCUCUGAGGAAUACAGCUGCUCCUGAUGCAACCCAGACCACAGGAAUAUCAACCUCUUACAAGCUGCGUGCUUCAACAACAGGUUCGAAGCAACCCAAUUCAGGCUUGCAGAGACCUCAGUUGAGUGGCAUACCGUCAGGCAUCCAGAGAGCUGCAACAGGUCUCAGGCCGCCAUCAGCAAGAAGCAACGCAGCAGCAUCAUCAAGCACCAACAGACUCCGCAGACCUACAGCAACUACUAACCCUGUGACGAAGACUUCACAAGCAAAGAAGCAACCCCUAUCUAGAGGUGAAGCUUUACCAAUAGCAAAGAGGAAGAGAAUGGAUAUUCCCGUACCAUCCAACUGUACUGACGCCUCAAUAUCUUCCUGUGAUGCUGCAAACGGAGCCAAAACCUUGAAACAGUCCACAACCAGUAGGAGAGCUUUGCCAGCUAAAACCAAAAAGGACGAUGCUGCAGCCAGUACUUCUGCUGAAAUCUCAACAUCUUGCGAUGCUCUAAGCAGACCCAGAGCCCUGAAACAGCCUGCGACCAGCCAUAGAGCACCGCUAGCCAAAGCAAAAAGCCAUGAUUGCGCCAACUGUGUCAUGCUUGAACAGCAACUCAAAAUGCAAUCAGAAGAAAUGCAAAGACUCAAAGAAGAGCUGCUGAAGAAAAGUAAACAAGAAGAAGAAGAAUACUGAAAUGAAUUUCCUUUUAUUACCUUUUUCCACUGCAUCUGUAAAUAUGACAUAUAUAAUAUAUAAUAAUAAUAUUAACAGACAACGCUGAAAUGAGGAUACUGUGUGUAUCUAUCGUUUCACUGUCAAUGUUCAAACACUCUAAUAUAGCAAUUCACAUCUUGAAAAAUUUAUUUUUUUGUGACAAAAUAAAACCUAAGGCUCUACUUCUUACUCUUACUUAUGUA